CUCAUCCAGUUGCUGCAGCUCUCCUCAUUCCCUUCCCCUCUCCUUCCAUCUCCAUCCCCAUCCCCACGCCGCGUCGUCUUCCUCUCGCCUUCCCUCCUCCCUCCCCGCUGCUCGGCCCCGCCUAACCUCCCCCGCUUUUCUUCCCCCGCCUGGUCCACGGCGACCUCGGACUUUCCUCCACCAAACCACGCCAACCUCCCCUCCUGCUCCAUCCCAUUCCAUUGGCCGCCUCCUCAAAACAUCCCCCCGCCAUUCGCGCCACCAUCCAUUCCAUUCCUCCAUCCCUACUCCCCUACAGCCAGCUGCUCCGCCCCCUUUGACCCUCGCCGGCCGGCAUCCGCCGAACUCGCCCCUUUCUUAUCCCCCGCCCUCCCGCCCGGACCUCCCCUCAAGUUCUUGCAAGUACAGGACAGGACAGGAAAGGCGGUUUCUUGGUCUUGCAAGGAAGGAACAGAGGCCGGGAUGGCGUCGAUCCGGCGGCCGCACUCGCCGGCCAAGGCGCAGCACCUGCUACGCCACCACCACCCGUUCUCCACCGCCUCCCCGCCCUCCUCGCCGCUCCGCCACGCCUCCUCCGCCUCCUCCUCCUCCUCGCCGAGGAAGUCGGGCUACCCGCACCCGUUCCUCUUCUUCACCCGCCGCCCGCUCCCGCGCUUCGCCGCCUUCUUCCUCCUCGGCUCCUUCAUCGGCCUGCUCCACUUCCUCUCCCACCUCCCGCUCCACCCCCACCUCCCCGCCCACCCCUCCUCCUCCCACCUCAACCAUCUACAGCAACAGCAGCAGCAGGAGCAGGGGCAACCCAUCACCCAGCAGCGCCUACCCGAUGCCGCCGGCAGCAACGCCGAGGAGCACAGCGGCCAAGGCAAGCUGCUCAUCGUCGUCACGCCCACGCGCGCGCGGGCGUCGCAGGCCUACUACCUGAGCCGGAUGGGCCAGACGCUGCGCCUCGUCCGCCCGCCCGUGCUCUGGGUCGUCGUCGAGGCCGGCAAGCCCACCCCGGAGGCCGCCCUCGCGCUGCGCCGCACCGCCGUCAUGCACCGCUACGUCGGCUGCUGCGACGCCCUCAACGCCUCCGCCUCUCCCGCCGUCGACUUCCGCCCGCACCAGCUCAACGCCGGCCUCGAGGUCGUCGAGAACCACCGUCUCGACGGCGUCGUCUACUUCGCCGACGAGGAGGGCGUCUACUCCCUGCCGCUCUUCGACCGCCUCCGCCAGAUCAGGAGGUUCGGCACAUGGCCCGUUCCGACGAUCUCCGACGGUGGUCACGGCGUGGUGCUCGAAGGCCCCGUGUGCAAGCAGAACCAGGUUGUGGGGUGGCACACGAGUGGGGAUGCCAACAAGCUCCAGAGAUUUCAUGUCGCCAUGUCGGGCUUCGCGUUCAACAGCACCAUGCUCUGGGAUCCCAGGCUGAGGUCCCAUAAGGCCUGGAACUCGAUCCGGCACCCGGAAAUGGUGGAACAGGGCUUCCAAGGAACCACGUUUGUGGAGCAGUUAGUGGAGGAUGAGAGCCAGAUGGAGGGCAUACCUGCAGACUGCUCCCAAAUAAUGAACUGGCAUGUGCCAUUUGGAUCUGAGAGCCCGGUAUAUCCCAAAGGGUGGCGGUCCGCGGCGAACCUGGAUGUUAUCAUCCCUCUAAAAUAGCGUCAUCAGAGCAGCUCCGUUCAUCAGCAAAGCACUAACUCGUUUGACAGGCAUUUACAUAGCGGUUGAGCCUUGAAGAUUGGGCUUAACAGGUGCAGAGGCAUUCCAGGCUGACUUACCUUUGAGAAGAAGCAGCAGCUCUUGGCAAGACGUUGCUACAUGGUAGUUUUCGCAGUCCGACUUUUGGGAAAUAUUUUGUAGGAUGGAGAGAACUAGUGGGGCAACUCAACAUCUUUGCCAUGUAAAUGUAAAUGUUGUCGCGAUCUGUAUUCAUUUGUUGAGUUGGAAAUGCCAAAAGGUGAAAAAUAUAUGCAAGGUUUGAAUA